AUGUCUUGCUUCUCACUCGCGGACAUCCAGCAGGCCACCAACUUCUUCUCGAAGGUCAACCUGAUUGAGUCAGAUCCUAGACAAGUGCUUCCCUCUAUCCACCCUCACCCCUCCCUCCAUUGUCCACCACCCCUUCUCCACCACCCCCUUUCCCCCCCCUCCCUCUCCUCCCCCAGCGUGCAAGCAGUGGCAGACUUGUCACGGCUGAAGCACCCAGCACUGGUGCCGCUGCUGGGGUACUGCAUUGACUACAAUGAGGAGACCCUGCAGAUGGAGCAAAUCAUCGUGUCUCAGUUCAUGCCCAACGGGGAUCUCUCCCAGUGGACCAUGCCAGGGGCCAAGCCCAUGUCGCUGCGUGUGAGGCUGGCGGUGCUGGUGGACGUGGCGGACGGGCUGAGCUUCCUCCACAACCGUCGGAUCGCGCACCGCGAUGUGAAGCCGGCCAACGUGCUGCUGGAUGCAGACAUGCGGACCCGCCUUGCCACCACCGCCACCGAUGUAUACAGUUUUGGAGUGCUACUGCUGGAGAUGCUGACCGGUAGGGAGCCAAUGCUGUCAAUCGAUGGCUCACAGUCACACAUCCGGGACUGGGCGGCUGCCGAGCUCUCCAGUGGUGACAUCAGCUCUAUUAUAGACCCUCGGAUGGUCUCCCCUGCAGCAUCUGGUGCCAGCAUUGUGCAUGCUGAUGUCAUGAAGAGCCUUGCAUCCCUGGCACUGGCAUGCACGGCCAUGCCUGCUGCCUCUCGUCCCCCCAUGGCCAAAUUGCACUCACAGCUGAAGCAGCUGCACGAGGAGGUGGUGAGGCGGGAGGGGGAGAGCAUAUCGCAGCAAGGGAGUGGGCUGGGGGGGCUGGGAACGGGGGGAGGGAGUUGGCUGCAGAGGGAUAACCGUGUGUGCCCUGCAGCUGAGUCUGCGGUAAGGAGUGUGAGUGUGGUGAGGGGAACGACGGAUGACGAAGGCAGUUCUGAAGAGGAUGAGAGCUUGACUGUUGGGGAGGGGACAAGUGGAGAAGCAAGUAGGAGCACGGGUGAUGACCACAACUGA